AUGUCUGUCAAGAGUUCAAAAUCGUCAAAGGUGGCCUACAUGCAAGAGGAGGACGACCUGGGAAAUGUCCGUGGAGAUGUCACAUACGCCGCAUCAGCUGCGCCCAGUCCCUCCAAAGAACGCAUGAACAUCAGCAGAAAAAAGUCCCGCCGCGAUGUAUCCCCAUCGGCCGCCAACCACUUCACGGACUCCGACUCGACUGCCCAUCCGAGGCGUCGCGAGUCAAGAUCUAGCAAGUCCUCAAGACCACGCGGCGACAGAGACAGGUCCGUCCCGCCCGAGAAACAAGCCCUCACCCGCCCGGCAACGCGGCAUUCGAAGAGCACCCCGGUCAUCGAGACCGCAUCUCAACGCCGCCGAUCGCGCGACAACCCAGAAGCAGUGUACUAUGGGGCCGAUCCUGCCUCCAUCGCAUCCGCCCAGGCUCGCCCGCGGUCAAAGACGGCUGCGCCGCGGCCUAAUUCCGCCUACCACGCGUCCUCUCGCCCUCCUCUCUCGAACUCGCGAUACCACUCGCUGCAUCCGUCACAACCGCCACACCCGUCCGGCAUGCCGCCCCCAUCCGGUUUCAUGCCCCCGCCGCCACCACCGCAGCAGUGGCAGCCACAUCCGCUGCCCCCGCACGGCUACGGCAUGAUGCCACCACCCCAACCACCUAUGCACCCGCCUGGGCCGCCUGGGCCAGCGUUCCACCACGAGCCUUUCCCGCCUCCGGCACCUCCUAGCAAUGGCGGCAUGCGGGGACUUCAACAGCGCUUCGUUCACGGUCGCCCACAGACUUCAAUGGGACACCGCCCGCCGCCGACUGUCGAGUAUGGCAAUCCAGACGGAUUCGAGCCAGAAUCCGACUUGAGCCACGAUAUGCGUCGCCUUUCCAUGAGCCACGGCCUAGGUAUGGAGGAUGAACGCUCACGACCUCCGUCGAUGCGUCCCAUGUCUGCUCGGCCAAUGCUGUCCUCGCCCUUUGCACCUCCCAUGCUUCCUCCUUCCGGACCCGUCUCGAUCCGAGGACAACCUUUCCAACCUUUGAUUGAUGAGCCAUUUGAACCCCUCGAACCCCUUGAAGGCUCGCACCUUGAAUAUGGCAUGAUGCAUAUCCCGCGGACUCGCCGCGAAAGCAUCGAUCCUUACCAGAUGGAUCCGCGACAUUAUGUAACCGAGGUAGCGGGCACAAUGGGCAGUCGUCGGAACUCAUACUACGGGGAGCAGCCCAUUUCGUCUGGCAAUGCGUUGGAUGAGAAGCUUCGGUUUGCCAGCUCAUACCAGGAUAAAACGACCGGUAUGGCGACGGCAGGCAUGCGCCUCACAGAAGAAAUGCUGUACGAAGCUAGCCGGCGCGGCGGUCCCAAGAGCCGGUCAACCCGCAGCUCUGGCAGCCGCGACGAAAGCGACUGGCGGCAGUCCGCCACGACGAGAACAACGCGGUCCAGCAACGAAGAAGACCUGACCAUCCGGGUCAGGGGCAAUGCUGUCUUCAAGUAUGGCGAAACAGAAAUGCAUUGCCAGGACGGCACCGAGAUCAACAUCCGUGGCCCACCACAAGGCAGACGGAUCGGUAGCAGCGACAAGGCCAGCUAUGCAGAAAGAGAUGACCGCAGAGGGCGCCAUGACUACCCUGCUCUGCGCAGCCGUGCGGCCUCCCAGUCUAGGUCCGUCUAUGCACCGACAUCUGCACCAUAUGAGUACAACUACGACGGGGCCCUGGACUACACAGGUGCUCCCUUUGAUCCACUUCCAGCACCCGGGUCCUGGAUAUGA